AUGUCGUCGUCGGAGGGUGCCCCGGAGUCGUGGAUCUCCUCGUUCUGCUCGUUGAUGGGCCACGAGUUUUUCGCGGAGGUGUCGGAGGACUUUAUCGAGGAUGACUUUAACCUCACAGGUCUACAGUCGCAGGUUCCCAUGUACAAAGAGGCCCUUGAAAUGAUUCUUGAUGUGGAGCCGGAGGAGGAUGAUGAAGAGGAAGAGGAAGAAGAGGACGACGACGACGAUGAUGAGAUUCUGGGAGAUGAAAAGCCGCCCGGGUACCGGAGGGCAGGCGACCGGCGACACGCACGAGUUGCGAGCGAUCUGAGUGUGAUUGAGAGUUCGGCGGAGCUGCUGUACGGACUGAUUCACCAGCGAUACAUCACCUCGCGGCCUGGAAUUCAGCAAAUGCUGGAGAAAUACGAGAUGCAACACUUUGGGACCUGUCCUCGGGCCUAUUGCAAUGGGUGCAAGGUCCUUCCCGUGGGCCGAUCUGAUACACCCGGACAGGAAACCGUGAAGCUCUUUUGCCCCAGCUGCCAGGACCUCUACACGCCGCCCAACAGUCGCUUUCACUCGGUUGAUGGAGCAUUCUUCGGAACCACGUUUGGAUGUUUGUUUUUCAUGACGUUCCCGGAUCUCGAUAUCGGACCCCGUCUGGAUAGCACGCUAUCGCCCUUGUCGCCCACGCACCCGAUUCAAUCCCGCUCUUCAUCUUUGACCUCGACCGUUCUCAACCAGCUGUCUCCCGAGAUGCCACCUGCCAACCAACCGGUGGAGAUCAACGGGGUGCGCACGAGCAACUUCAGCACGGGACUCGGCAAGGGCAGGCUCUACGAAUCGCGAAUCUACGGGUUCCGGGUGUCGGAACGAUCCAGGUCUGGGCCCCGCAUGAAGUGGCUCCGAAUGAAGCCGACCGAUAUCCGAGAAUUGGACGAGAUGGCACGGUAUGAGAACCUGUAUGGAGCGGAUAACGAUGGCGAUAUGGGGAUGGGAGGAUCGCAGCCGUCGGGAGUGGGAGCCAGAAAAAAGGCGCCUAUGCGAAGACGGCGAUACAACCCUGACCAGAUGAGCAUAAAUGGGGUUGAUGGUUAA